UAAUAAAGUAGCAUCUAAUUCAUACAUGAAAAGACCAAUUUGUUUUAUAUUUUCUGGACUAGGAUCUCAGUGGUCUGGAAUGAGUCAAGCUUUAAUGAAAUUUCCAGUGUUUGCCAAGGCAGUCCACAAGUGUGAUGUGGCUUUGAGACCUUAUGGUAUAUUUCUUACAAAUAUUUUAACAAGUGCAAAUGAGAGUACUUUCGACAAUAUCAUUAAUUUACUUUUAGCUCUCGUUGGUCUGCAGAUUGGAAUGGUCGAUCUUUUAACAUCCAUUGGUAUCAUUCCCGACUUCAUAAUCGGUCAUUCCAUUGGCGAAUUACUCUGUGGAUAUGCCGAUGGAUGUUUGACAACUGAAGAAACAAUUGUGUCGGCAUAUUUCAUUGGUUUAGCACUUCUUGAAUCGAAAAUAAUUAAUGGUUCCAUGGCUGAAAUUAAUAUCAAUCUUAAAACCUUGAAAGAUAUGCGUCCUUCGGACAUUGAUGUAGCUUGUUACAACGGCUCUUCUAAUUUUAUCGUGAGCGGACCAAAAGAUUCAAUAAAAGCAUUUCUCACCAAAUUACGGGUACAUAUUUAAACAAUAUAGUAAAUA